UGCGUUCUUGAAUUGGUAUUGUAAGCAUCUGUGUAACGAAGAAAUGGGUUUUCAAAAUAUUUGGUACUCGCAUCCGCGAAAAUAUGGACAAGGAUCUAGAUCUUGUCGUGCGUGCGCAAAUAGGCAUGGAUUAAUUCGCAAAUAUGGUUUAAAUAUUUGUCGACAAUGCUUUAGAGAAUAUGCUGCUGACAUUGGUUUCAAAAAGUUGGAUUGAUGCUGUGACAGACAUUCUUAUAAUUCCUCAAAAUACCAAAUGUAAAAUCCACGUGACCAUAGACACAAUAUAAAAAUUCAUAACUAACUUGAUGUCAAUUUCUGUUGACAAUGAAAUUAUUUGAAUAUGUUUUGGAAGAAUUAUGAAAAUUGAAUUGUAUUUGA